AUGGUGCGCACUGGGCCUUUAAAGGGUAACAAGCUUGCUUACCAACAUAUAACUAACACCUUAUCUUAUGAACAGGAAUCAAACGAGGAUGAAUCGGAAGACUAUUGUCAUUUAUGUCAAGAAGGAGGUGAUGAACUAAUAUGCUGUGAUACAUGUCCGUUAGUCUUCCAUAAAGAAUGCCACGACCCACCYCUUCGAUAUACACCAAGGGGUGCAUGGUCUUGCAUGGAGUGCAAACAGCCUAAGAAAGUGAAGACAMGGCAACAGUCUGGUAAAGCUAAAAAAAUGAACUCCAAAGUCGCUAAAAAACCUGCAAAGAGAAGAGCUUCUGAUGAAUCUAACAGCAUUGCAAGCUCAACUAGAAAUAGAAGAAGUACCCGAAAAAGACAACUUGAAGAAGACGACGAAGAAGAAAGUAGGAAAAGGAGAAAGGUUUCWCGUAAAAGACAAAUUGAGGAAGAGAGCGAAGAAGAGAGCGAGGAGUCCGAGGAAGAGGAGUCUGGCAGUAAUGAUUCUUCAGAUGAAGAGGACGAGGAACAGGGUGAAGAAUCAGAUAGCAGUAGUGAGGAAGAAGAGAGCGGCCUGGAGGAAGAAGAACCWGUAGUGAACAGACGAAGCUCAAGGAAUACGAGACCGCAAAAGAAGCCACAAAAGGUCACCUCGAAGCCAUCAAAUCAACGAGACAAGAGAAAGGCUCCCUCUAAACCAGAGGCAAAACCAGCCGCAAAACCUGCUCCUACAAAAAGGCGCCGUACAAAUCCAGAGGUUAAUGUCAUGUUC